AUGCCAGAGAGAAAUGUCAGGCGGAGAGUUCCAGCGAACGGUGAACGGAAGACCAGGCCACCACAUCCAGCUCCUUCUCCAAGUAGACGGACCCCACCACCACGGCGAUCGGUGAAGCACUCCAAACCUAUAAAGAUUUUGAAGCGAUGUUCCUCGGAGCCCGUGAUGGUGGGGGGAAGUGGUACUGAAGAUAGUAUUGAUCAGCAGAAGCAGAGUACCAGCUUGUCAUUUUAUGAGAGUGAUGGUGGUGGUGGUGUUUUAUUUAGGCCUCAUACUUGCAUAGAUGCUUUUGCUUCUUCUCCUUCUCUGAUCGUUCCCGCUAAUUUCUCACCUCGCUCCAGGUUUGAUCAGGGAUACAAGAAGGAUGCAAAAGUGGUGGUUAAUGUAACAGUUGAAGGGAGUCCAGGGCCAGUUAGGACCAUGGUUAAAUUGGGAUCUAAUGUAGAGGACACAAUUAAGCUUGUGGUAGACAAGUACAGUGGAGAAGGGCGAACCCCAAAACUUGAUAAGGGUGCAGCAUUAACAUAUGAAUUGCAUCACUCCUAUUUCAGCCUUCAAAGUAAGUCAAGGAUUUCACUGAUCAGUUUAGAUAAAUCAGAAUUGAUUGGGGAUGUUGGUAGCAGAAGCUUCUAUCUCAGAAGAAGUAGCAGCAAUCGUAGCAGUAACGGAGGCUCAACUUCUUCCACUACAGAAACAGUUUCUGGGACAGCUAACUCACUACCAAUUUCAAGCCCUCCAUUCUUACCGCCAGAAUUCCUUGCUUGCCAAUUUGGCAAAAUUGUAAGAAGAAUGCGUAAGCUUUGGAAGGUCUUGGUUUGCUGGAAAUGA